AGAAAUAAUAUAUUUUAAUAAAAAUGUUAUGAGAUGUUCCAACAUCGUUGAAAAUAACAGAAGUUUAUUUUGUAGCUCAUAGUUGAGAAUGAACAGCACCGUUUCGUCGUGCUACGUCGUCGUUUUGAAGUUUCGGAGUAUCAGAGAACAUGGCUUCAGUAGUUCUUCUGAAUCAGUUUGGACAGAUUAUCCCAUAGAGAACGCGUACGAGCUCUUAGAAGUAUCUGAAACAAGCUCAUUUGCUGAGAUCAAAGCGUCGUUUCGCAAAUUGGCUAAAGAAACUCACCCGGACCUCGCUGAGUCAAGGAACGAUUCCACUGCUUCUCGACGAUUUGUUCAAAUCCUUGCCGCAUAUGAGAUUCUUUCAGAUUCUAGGAAGAGAGCCCAUUAUGACAUGUACUUGUCAUCUCAGAAAAAGCUUAUGCAUAAGCAUUCUGAACAGGGUUCAAAAUUGCGCAUUUACCAGGCACAGGCUACGACAUUCAAGGAGAUGGAAGUUGUUGAAUGGUUAAAGUGGUACAGACUAGCUAUAAAUGAUAUUUUGUUGGAGAAGAAAGUGGUGGUUGGAACAGGAUAUUUUGAUGUACUCGAGAGAGAUUUUUAUUCUGCUAUUCAUGCAGCAUAUUAUGGUCCCGAAAUUGAUUCUAUUCCCAUGGAGCUUCUUCCUGACUGUUUUGAGGCUGAGGAGAGGUCCUCUCAUGAAACUCCCGAGGUUUUGCACUUGGUUUCAGGCCGUGAUCUUUUUGGGAUGGUUUGCCUAGUCAACAUGAUUCCAGAGAUAUCAUAUACUGAAAAUGAAAAGUUGACUUCUUAUAGAUCAUUCCAUUCAGGCCUCUGUCAAUCCAUAAUGGAUGUGAACGCCCACAGGAAUAUGGAAAGGCCAGAUGAUUUUGGAACUGAACAGGGUCACAGCUCUAAAAUUUCAAGUAAUGUAUCAGAUGCAUAUAGAGAUCUGGAAUUACACGUCUCUGGAAAAUUAGUUGCCACGGCAUCUAGGGUCCUACCAGUACCUGGAUGUUGUUCUGGUGCGAUGCAAAAAGAAGAUGCUGAAGAUCUUAUCCAUGUGUACCUUAAUUUGGAUGAAGAUCCCAAACAUAUCAACAGUGGCUUUUCUAGAAAUUUAUUUGCAAACAGCACAGUUGGAAGCAGAAUGCAUUUGGGAACCAUAUCUGGACUUGGCAGUAGUCCAGAUGAGGGAUGUUGUGAUGUCUACAACAGCAGUCGUGAAAAGACUCAUGUAAUUAUGAAACAUAGGACAUUAAUGGUGAAGCAUAUGCACUGGUAUCAUGUGGGUAAUAAUAACGUUUCAGUAUGUGAGUGUAGAUGCACCAGAGCACGUUUACCACCAAGCAAAUUUUGGCUAUUUGAGCCUCGAUGUGGCUUCCAUGACAUAGGGGGUUGGUAUGUUGAAACAUAUGGCAAAGAGAAGGGUCGCACUAUGCCAUCACAAAGAUUCUGGGAUGGCUUGGAUUAUAGCGAGCAAGCUGAAAGAAGACUUCAUCCAGCAAUGUAUCUGUUUGCUCUUGCAUAUCGAACACUUGAUCUUGAAUAUGCCAAAACAAGCAAGAAAACAUUUAGGAAUGCUGUUGGAGCACAUAUGUUCCGAAUACUCCACUGGUGCAGAAAACUUGCUCAAUAGAUUUUCAUGUCCAUUUACAAGUGCACAAUGACUCUGGCCGUUAAAAAAAAACACAAUGACUCUUGGUUGAGAUGCUCUACUAGUACUGAAAAGAAAACUCAUUAGAGACCUUAAUUAGUCUUAUCUCCUUGUUCGGAGAAAAUUUAUCUUUUGAUCUUCCUGGUGCUGUGAUCUGUUGCCAAAUACUGAACUUAAUCGGUCAAGUACCAGCUGCUGUGCCUUGCCUAAUCAUAGUUGCACGACAUUGUUGUAAAAAUUGCUUUCUUUAGCUGCUUGCUUCAGAAUUGUUAUGCAAGAGAAAACUUAAUCUUUAUGGAUAUACAUCUAUGGAUUUCUAUGUGUACCCUAAAUGUCACCAAAAUAAAAUUCUUUACAUUGGCAAGUAUAAUGAAAGCUAGUUGUUUCACUGCACACAGAAUUUCAUCCAUUUACCAGAAUGAUCUCAGCUGACAAAAUUUCUGCAGUUUUCUAGGUUAUUAAAACUCAUGGUAUUUUAAAUAUAAUCUUGUCCUGUUUGCAUUGCAUGUCUACUCGUGUGUUUCUGUCUAUAUACUGGAACUUUUUUUUCCUUCACGUCAUAUGAUUUGUUACUGCUCCAUGUGAUCAUGUGAUCUUUAGUUAUCUAUUUUAGGCAUUGUUUGCUUUUACUUUGACUGCAUUGAAUGGAUUUCUUAACUAAUAGUAGAUUAAAGCUUUGGCCAUAAAGUUGCAAAUUUUAACAAAUGAUAAACUGCUUUUACUAUAUGACAUCAUAUGUGUGUCUCCUCUUUGCUCGUUACUUGAGCAGAUCCUCCCAUUUGCAAUACUGGCCUCCUGCUAAUGCUCGAUAAAACCUAUCUCUACAGUAGACCGGUCUUCCAUCAGCAGCCUCGGCAGCAGCAGCUGCAAGAUUGUCAUCGGCUUUUACAUCUGCAGGCAAUUUAAGCAACUCCUCCUUUCUACAGCAUACAUUUAAAGUCAGAAUAACAUGGUAGAAGUACACUGGAAGUAUUGCAGGAUCUUGUCUUUCCUUACCUUAGGUUGAACUUGUUAACCUUGGGAACUUGGACGGUUGGUUGGUUUUCUUCUGUGCUAAAGGUAGAAUGAAGAAAAUUCUCCACCGGUGUAGCAAAGAUAAAUAGCAUAACUCCGGUAACUAGUAAUGCUCCAGUCCCAACUAGAGUUUGCUUCAGCAGUUUAACAACUGGUUUAACCUGGAGACAUGGAAUAUAUGUGAAUCAUGCAUCAAGAAACAAGUUUAUCAUAAUUCCUCUAAUACCAUGCAUCCUAAUUAUUCAACAUAAUGAGUUUAUGUAAUGCUGUACUCUGAGAUGUUCAGUACCUUGUAGGAGCCCAACAAUCUAUCACGAGCUAGGAUCUGCAAAAACAAAAAACCAAGAUCUCAGUCAGUGCCUUAAAUUCUCUAAAAUUAAGCAUGUGGCUAGAUCUUUUAGUAGUUUUUAUUUGUUAUAUUUCAACUACUACUUGUUACAUAUAUCCUUCAUAUUCAUUUAUUUUGUAUAGAGUACUUUUUGCUUAAUGAAGAAACAUCUCAAAAAUUUCAGAAGCCAAAGGUGCUAAUGUUUGUUCCUCAUUGAGGUUAGUUCCUUUCUAGCAAAAUCUAAAACCGGAAAUUUUUAUAUUUAUCUUUUAUGGUCAAAUAUCCUGCUCUUGAUGGAGCUAAAAAUUUGUCAAAUUGCAAUAUAUGUCUCUUAUGGCCCACUAAAUCUAUAUCUUGAAUAUGAUUUUCUGCAGGUGAAGUCUUCAUGGGGACUUUUGUUCUGUUCAUUUUUAGGUAAAAGAGAAAUGUGUAAUAGAGAGAGUUGACUAACCUCAGGCGGCUUGACCCACAUCUGUCCAUCAUACCAUCCACUUUCUUCAUAUGGAAUGACUGCAGACAGAAGUCUAUCUCCAACAUAACUCCAUCCCUGCUUUGCAAUAGAAUCGUUAUUAUUUUAACAACAUAGUUCUUAAAGUGUGAAGUUGUAGUCAUAGCUCAACACUUAUCAUAUCUGGUAUAGUUAGUGUGAAUGGCAAAUAGGUUAUAUUCAGUUGAAAAACACAUCAGAUACCACAAUUUGGCAACAACAUAGAAAAUAUGUAAGACUGACUACAGGAGGAAGUUCCCACUGAAUUAAAUACAAUAUGAUUUUGAAA